AUGGGAGCGCCAGGGGUGGGUAAGACGGCCUUGACCCGACAGUUCAUGACCUCGGAGUACAAGGGCACUUACGCGGAAGCAAAUACACCAGACAUCUUGGAGCCUGAGCGGAACGUCCACGUAUUGCUGGACGGCGAGGAGUCGACCCUUCACUUCCUUGAUGAGGAGCAGCAUCCCGACUUUGAAGCCGAGGACAUCCCAAUCGACGCCUACGUGGUGGUGUUUGCCGUCUCCAACACGGCCUCCUACAACCAGGCGGUCAAGAGUCUGCGGACGCUGCGGGAGGAGCAUCGCAUCAACAAGGCUGUCAUCUUGGUGGGCAACAAGAUUGACCUGGCUCGCCAGAGGAGGAUCGCCAAACAUGACGCCCUGCGCAUCGCCAAGAAGUUCGACUGCCGCUACAUCGAGACUUCGGCCGCCCUCAACCACCACGUGGAUGAGCUGCUGGUGGGUAUCCUUAGCCAGAUCCGGCAGCAGAUAGCGCCCUCUGAUGACACCCGCUUGGCGCCCCCUAGUGACUCUAAAACCAGAUCACGGUCCAAGAGUCCGGGGAAAGCCAUCAGUGACUUCUUCUCGAAAAUCUUCGGGGGCAGCGACAAGAAAGCCAAGUCAUGCGAGACAUUGUUCGUGCAGUAG